CCCAUUCCUUGGCCGUUGGUUUGCAAUUCACCACAGAACCAGAGGAACACCUGUCAAAUAUUUAUCCUCACGAAAAAUUGAAAAUUUGUUAGUUUAGUUCAAGUUUAAAAUUAUUAAUUGGCGUAAUUAAACAGGUGUAAGGAGGACGGAUUGGGAUUUGUGGUUGUGAAUGUGAAGUGAGUCCGGACGACGGGGUGGUUCAGUUUUAUUUAAGUUGAUCUCAGGGUGGAGGAGGAAAUAAAAUACGGAAACUUUGAUAAUUUUGGAUUCCUGAAAUUAGGGUGGAGGAAGUAAAGUAUUGAUAAGGGAGGAGGAUGGAGGCAUCAGUCAUUUAUUCGAUCGGAUUGGGGAUGCAGGUCAAUAUUAAGAGGACGGAUGGUCGCGUCCACACCGCCGUCGUUUCCGGGAUAAAUUGGGAGACGAAAAGCGUGACGGUAGAGUGGUUUGAGAGAAAUGAGACUAAAGGAAAAGAGAUCGACAUUGAAGCUCUUACAGGCCUAAAUCCAAACAUCACGACGAAAAAUGUUAUUCCCAACAAUACCAUGACGAACGGUAUCAUGGCGAUGGAUCAAACCCUCGUGGACCCACACAAUGUCACGGCCAAUAUCAACUACAACAAUGGGACGACAACACAGAAUAAUAAUCAGGGUGGAGGUGGUCGAGGGGGCAAAAAUGAUAUGAAACCACCGCCGGAUCGCAAUAUUCCUGCCGCCGCCGUGACAAAGAAUCAGCUGAAUGCAGGGAACGGGACUACAGUUGGAGCGGGAGGACGGAUACCACGCGGUACCCGAGCCACCCAACACGUCGUGGCGCCCGCACUUCCGCCACAAACUAGGAUCGAACCACCUCCACAGAUCGUGGAGGAUGACGCGUUUAUGGAAGUCUCUUCGAACGGGACAGGUGGCACCGUAACACGCGGGAGUCAACAGGAUGCCGCGGCGUCCAGACGGAGGUCAAAUGUCGUAAAAGAGGUUGAAAAGUUAAAGAAAAAUCGAGAAGAGAGGCGCAUGCGUCAAGCGGAGUUAAAAAAUGAAAAAGAAAAUUUAAUGAAUAUCGAUCCGGGGAAUCCGAACUGGGAAUUUUUAUCAAUGAUAAGAGAGUACCAACAAGAUUUGCAAAUCACGCCGUUACGUGACUCAGAUCCGGUGGAAGAUCAUCAAAUAACCGUUUGCGUCAGGAAGAGGCCUAUGAACAAGAAGGAAAUAAACCGGAAGGAAGUCGACGUGAUUACGGUGCCUUUGAAGAACACGGUGACGGUGCACGAGCCGAAGCAGAAGGUGGAUUUGACCAAGUACCUUGAAAAUCAGCACUUCCGCUACGACUACGCCUUCGAUGAGUCCUGCACGAAUGAAAUGGUCUACAAGUACACGGCGCGUCCCUUGGUGCAGACGAUUUUUGAAGGGGGGAUGGCAACCUGUUUCGCAUAUGGUCAGACAGGGAGCGGGAAAACUCAUACGAUGGGGGGCGACUUUAACGGGAAAACGCAAGACUGUGUGAAGGGGAUUUACGCCAUGACGGCGAAGGAUGUGUUUCGCCUUUUGAACCUUCCCGCCUACCGCCCCCUGGCUCUCCUCGUGUCCUGCUCAUUCUUCGAAAUCUACAGUGGCAAGGUUUUUGAUUUACUCGCUUCGAAAGCGAAACUGCGCGUCCUUGAAGACGGCAAACAGCAAGUGCAAGUCGUCGGAUUAACGGAACGUUCCGUUGAAACGGUAGAAGACGUCUUGAAACUCAUCCAAGUCGGCAACUCGGCCCGCACUUCUGGUCAAACAUCCGCAAAUUCGAAUUCAUCCAGGUCUCAUGCCGUUUUUCAAAUAAUUCUCCGCACUCCGAUGGCGAAGCUUCACGGAAAAUUCAGUCUUAUCGAUCUCGCGGGAAAUGAACGUGGUGCAGAUACGUCCUCCGCUGAUAGACAGACACGCAUGGAGGGCGCUGAGAUCAACAAGUCACUCCUCGCGUUGAAGGAAUGUAUCCGUGCUUUGGGACGAAAAGGGGCACAUUUGCCGUUCCGUGUGUCUAAAUUGACCCAAGUUUUGAGAGAUUCCUUUAUUGGAGAGAAAUCGAAAACGUGCAUGAUUGCAAUGAUGAGUCCAGGAUUAAACAGUUGUGAACAUUCGUUAAAUACGUUGCGAUAUGCAAAUCGUGUCAAGGAGUUGUCCGCUCUGGAUCCAGCGAGCGCAGAGGCGCAGAAGAUUUCGAAUCGGAGAGAGCGAGAGUAUGAUGACGAGGAGGAAGACAUGAUGGACAGCGAGAGUGAUUUGGCCCAUUUAAGGAGUUUGAAUGAGGGAGACAUGUCUGGGGAGAUGUUGACGUUUCACGAGACGAUCUCGAAGGUACAGGAGGCAGAAGAAGAGGUCGUCGAGUUUCAAAAGAUUAUCGUCGACUCGAACAACCGCUGGCUCAAUAGUGACAAGGCCCUUCUCAUCAUGACCAACCAGGUCGACUAUGAUCAAGAUGCGUACACCCAACAACUUGAAGAACUAUGUACAGAAAAAAUAUCCAUGUUGACCGAAUUGCGAAACAAGGUUGUAAAAUUUCGAAAUUAUUUGGCCGAAGAGGAAACUAUUUCUAGAAAAAUUACCAGCGCGGCGCCAAAUUCGAGACGAUAGCGAAUUAAACCAGAUUGUCUUAACAUCAUUCAUCAUCACCUUAUCAAAUUUACUUCGGAUGAAGAAAAAAUUAGUAAUUAAUGAAGAAAAUGGUUCAAAUUCGAUAAAGACGACGUCAGACCGCAAUUUAAAUCUUGUAGAGUGAAAUCAUGUCUUGUAGUUUUAGUGAAUUAUCACGUAAUGUAACACACUAACAACUACAUAUGUGCUGUGCUCCUACUAAUUUACAUAGUAUUUAUUAUUUAUUAUGAGAGAAGGCGCUUUAGUGAGACAGGUGUAGUGUUUGGUUAAGGAUAUAAUGUCGUCAGAAUUACCAAAUUGUCAGUGAAACUGUAAAUCCGGGUUAGAAUAAACAUGUAUUUGCUAUAAAAAGUAAUAAUUUAUAAUAUCCUUUAACUGCCUAAUUAACCACAAAAGCUUACCAUUUUACUAGUUAAAUAGUUAGUUUGUGAAUAAUUAAUUUAUUAAAAAGAUAAGACUUUUUGCAUGCAAGGAAACGGUAGUGAUAUGGAAGGAAGGAUUUUGUUUAGAUUUUUGUAAUGUGUAACAUUAAAUGCAAUCAUUUUCAUAAUUAUAAAGUCAGACUACAUGAUUAAUUAUGAUUAGUUUAUAAUUAACGAAUUUAACAAUGCAAGUUCCUCUGUGCUGGGUUUAGUAUAACGCUUUUAAAAAGUAAAAGUUUUCAUCCAAACUGAUCAUCAUUAAGUAUUUAUUUAACUGGAGAAUAGCAAUUAGUUAAUUAUCAAGAACUCCCUUGCCAAUUCUGCUUACUUUACUCUUAUUCUACUUAAUUAUUUAAUAAUUUAUUGGGUUUUGUAUCGCUUUAAAAAUUAGUAUUAAUUGAAAUUGCUCCAAAAAAACACAUUUAUACAUAUGUAUCUCUUCUCGGAACGUUUGUGAUAUUUAAGAUAUUGAAGAAAAGUAAAUGGGUGAUUAAAGUUAAAUGGGAAGACAUUAAAUUAACGAUAUUAUCAGUAUCACAAUUAUAAAAAAAUACGAUAAAACGUUCUGUUUAGACUGAUUUUAUAUGAAGAUAAGUAAGUUAAAUAUUUGAUAAUUACACAAUUGGUCAAAAUGCAAUACAUACAUAUUUCUGAAAAUUUAAAAUAUUUCCUUUGCCUUUUUUAUACCUUUUUUGUAUCGCUUUUUUAAUAACUUUUAUUAACUAGGGUUCAUUUCAAAAUAAGUUGGUGACAAAAUUAUGCAUCACUCGGUGACAAUUUUGUACUAACUUACUUUGAGUGCUGUUAUAAGUUAUACAUAGUUUCUCAAGGUUUUUGGCUGGUCAAUUAAAUAGAAUUAAUCUUUUUCAGUCGCGGGAUGCUAAUUAAAUUAAACACUUAUGAAAUGUCGAGUGGCUCAUUGUUUGUUGGUAAAAGAAAGAUUAUUAUGAUAACUGCAUAUUAAUGUCGGGUUAUUAUUAUUCUUGAGAGAAUCUGGGUAUGAUUAUUACGAUGAUACGAUUUAGUUGUAAUUAAAAUUUAGUAGUUUGACGUGUAGCGACUAUUACCUAAUUUGCAUAAGAUGCGUGAGAAAUAAAUAUUUAAAUGAAAACUGAGCAGGUGUAAAAAAAAUUGAAUGCAUGGCUGGAUUUCAAAACAAGAAUUAAACAAAGAAAUAAACAGGAUGGAAA